UCUCUGGCAGGUUCCGGUAAAGCGGAGUGUGUUCGGGCGGUCGACGUCUUGACGGUGCUCAGAGAGAAAGUGGCCUUCGUCUCAGGUGGACGGGACAAACGAGGCGGACCAAUCCUGACCUUCCCUGCCAGGACCAAUCAUGAUCGAAUAAAACAGGAAGACCUCAGUCGAUUGGUCACGUACUUGGCGACCAUACCGAGUGAGGACGUCCGUGCUCGGGGCUUCACCGUGGUGGUGGACAUGCGCGGCAGUAAGUGGGACAGUGUGAAGCCGGUGCUGCGGACGCUGCAGGAGUCGUUUUCCUCCAACAUUCACUCAGCGCUGCUCAUCAAACCCGACACGUUCUGGCAGAAGCACAAAACCAACCUGGGCAGCGCCAAGCUCAGCUUCGAGACCAGCCUAGUGUCGGUGGAGGGCCUGUCCCGAUUGGUCGAUCCCUCCCAGCUGACCUCUGACCUCGGCGGCUCGUUGGAGUACGACCAUGUGGAGUGGACCGAGCUGCGUCUGGGCCUGGAGGAGUUCUCGGGGGCCGCAACGCAGCUGCUGGUCCAGCUGGAGCAGCUGGAGGCCGGACUGAGCCGCAUAGCAGAGCCUCAGGACGUGGACGAGGCCCGCAAGCUUCUGGAAGAGCACAGUCGUCUCCGUAACACCAUCGCCACGGCGCCCGUCGACGCUCUUGAACGAGAGGGGCGGAGCUUGCUCCAGCGGAUGCGCCUGGGCCCCGCACACGGCGACGCCCCCAACGAAGGCGGCGGCGUCGGCAGUAGCCACGGCAGCUGGCUGUCGGGCGGAGCAGACUUCCAGAGCGUGGCGCCAAAGGUUUCCUCUCUGCUGGACCGGCUGCAGGCGGCUCGUAGCCACCUGCUGCAGAGCUGGGGCGACAGGAAGCUGCACCUGGAUCAGGUGCUGCAGCUGCACUUGUUUGAGCAGGAUGCCACCAAGAUGUCGGAGUGGAUCGCUCACAGUAAGGAGUUGUUCGUGCAGAGUCUGGCGGAGGUCGGUCAGAACCACCAGCACGCCAUCGACCUCCAGACACAACACCAGCACUUCACCGCCAACUGCAUGAACGGCAGCGUGAACGUGGACAGCGUGGUUACCGUGGCGGCGCGGCUCGCCGAGGCCGGUCACUACGGGGCGGAGCGGAUCGCACUGGUGUCGUCACGGUUACAGGAAGACUGGAAGUCCCUGACGACGGCGUUGGAAGAGCGCAGCAACACGCUCGCCAUGGCAACCGGCUUCCACCAGGGGGCAGAACAGUUCCUGCUCAGGGUCGAGGGUUGGGUCCAAGUGUGCUCAGAGGGGCCGUUGCCAUCGGCGACGGCAGAGCUGGAAGCUGCCGUUAAGAAACACCAGGAGCUUAACGAGGAGAUCUCUGCCAACUUCACACAGGUCAGUGAGAGCGGUAAAGCCUUAUUGGAGGUCCUCCAGCGUUGCCCGGCGUCCGAUUCUGAAGAUGCUGCGACCAAGCCGGACUUCACUGCGGCAACACACGGUAUCAUGGCAGUUCUGCACCAGGUCAUGCAGGGUCAACAUGAGGUGGAGGGAGCGUGGCAGCAUCGGAAGCUCCGCCUCCACCAGCGCCUGCAGCUGUGCGUGUUUCAGCAGGACGUCAGACAGGUGCUGGACUGGGUGGAGCAGCACGGCGAGGUUUUCCUGAACAAACACAGCGGAGUCGGGAAGUCUCUGCACCGAGCGAGAGCGCUGCAGAAACGCCAUGACGACUUCCAGCAGGUUGCCCAGAACACUUACACUAAUGCAGAGAAGCUGCUGGAAGCCGCCGAUCAGCUGGCUCAGUCCGGAGAGUGUAAAGAGGAGGAGAUCUACCAGGCGGCCAGAGACCUGGAGCUACGCAUGCAGGCGUUUAUUCAGCGGGUUGAACAGAGGAAGCUGCUGCUGGACCUCGCUGUGUCCUUCUACACACACACCAAGGAGCUCUCAGCGUGGAUGGAGGGAUUACAGAAGCAGAUCUCCUCAGAUGUUUGUGUUUGUCCCGACUCUGUUGAGUCUCUUCAGACUCUCAUCAGUCAGCAGCAGCAGCAGCAGGCCAACACACAGGAAGCUGCGAUGAGUGUCAUCCGGGAAGGAGAAGACCUCAUCCUGCAACUCAGGCCUCAGGGCAGCGCGGUGGGCCAUGUGGAGUCAGUGCUGCAGCAGCUGGAGGAGUCUCACGUUCAGCUGGAGGAACUUUUCCAUCAGCGAAAGAUCCGACUGGACGUUUACCUGCAGCUGCGCAUCCUGCACCAAUGCACGCUGGAGGUAACCGGGGAGAUUGACGCCUGGAAGCAGGACCUCCAGAAACAGGCCCAGGACUUCUCCGCCGAGAAGCUAGCGGCGCCGCGGCUAGCCGACGGAAACCAGGACAAGCUAGCGCUGGGUCAGUCCCGGCUGGUGGAGGCGAGUCCCGAGGCGCUAACGUUAGCACAGCAGCGCAUCCACAGACACAUGGAGCGCAGGCUGGCGAUGAAUAACAUGAUCUAUGAGGUCAUCCAGCAAAGCCACGACCUGCAGCAGUACAUCACCGAGGUCCAAGCGUCAGGUAUCGAGCUGUCCGAGGCGGAGGGCGGCCUCUCUUCUCAGGUGGAGGAGCUGCAGCGCCUCAUGCAGGACAAACAGAAGGAGCUGCAGCAGAUCGCGGAUCACACGCACACACACCUGGAGCAGAAUCUGCAGCUGAGACACCUGCAGAGCCAGGUCAAACAGGUGCUCGGCUGGAUCUCGGAGGGUGAGGUCAUGCUGUCGUCCUGCAUGUUGAACUCCAGCUGUUUGUCUGAAGCAGAGCAGCUGCAGAGGGAGCACGAGCGCCUCCAGCAGGCCAUCGAGGCUCUCCUCCAUGCUGACUCCCUGCAGAGGACCCAUCAGGUGGCUCUGGCUCUGCAGCAGAGAGCAGAGCUGCUGGUCAGGUCAGGUCACUAUGAUCCAGAUGCAGUGAGGUCGUGUGCCCAGACGGUGGCGCUGCACUGGCAGACUCUAAUGCUGAGGAUCGAGGAUCGACUCAAACUAGUCAACGCCUCGGCCGCCUUCUACAGAACCUCCCAGCAGGUGUGUGGGGUGCUGGAGAGUCUGGAGCAGGAGUACCGCAGGGAGGAGGACUGGUGUGGAGGAGGAGACCGACAGCCGGAGCAGCUUCUGCCGCUCAUGAACAAACACAUGGAGCAGAAGGAGGCUUUUCUUAAGGCCUGCACACUAGCGAGGCGCAACGCAGAGGUUUUCCUGAAGUACAUCCAUCGCAACAGCGUCACCAUGGCGAACAUCUCCGGCCACAGCGUCACCGUUUCAGGGGUUACCGAGGUAACCGGUCACUCCAGGGUACCGGAGCAACAGGUCAAAGGUAUCCUCAGUGAGUUGCUUCAGAGGGAAAACAGAGUUCUUCAUUUCUGGACGUUAAAGAAGCGUCGGCUGGACCAGUGUCAGCAGUACCUGAUGUUCCAGAGUCACGCUCAGCAGGCUCUGGAUUGGCUGCAGCAGUCAGGUGACCACUACCUCUCCACGCACACGUCGCCCGGCGCCGCGGCAACCGAGACGCAAGAGCUGCUCAACCAACACCGAGAAUUCUGUGUUUCGGCCAAACACACGCAGGAGAAGGUUCACCUGCUGAUCCAGCUGGCUGAGAGCAUGCUGGCUAAAGGCCACGCCCACCGGGUGGAGCUGCGGCGCUGCGUCUCCACGGUGGACAAACGGUACCGGGACUUCACCGUCAGGAUGGGACAAUACCGCCACCUGCUGGAGACAGCGCUGGGAGGAUGCUCACAGGACAACAAGGAUUUGGAGUUGGAGCUGAUCCCCAACAGUCUGUCUGACUCGGACCCUGAGGUGAACCUGUCCGACCCGAGUCACCAGAUCAGCGACGAGAAGCGACGCUCCGCCCGCAAGAAAGAGUACAUCAUGGCCGAGCUGCUGCAGACGGAGAGAGUCUACGUCAGAGAUCUGCAGGAAUGUAUCGAGACGUACCUGUGGGAGAUGACGAGCGGCUCGGAGGACGUUCCUGCUGGUCUGAACAACAAAGACGACAUUGUGUUCGGAAACAUCCAGGACAUCUACGAGUUCCACAACAGUAUUUUCCUGAAGGAGUUGGAAAACUACGAGCAGCUUCCUGAAGACGUUGGACACUGUUUCGUUACCUGGGCUGAUAAGUUCCACAUGUACGUGACGUACUGCAGGAACAAACCAGACUCCAGUUUACUGAUCCAGCAGCAGGGAGCCGGAUUCUUCGAG